UGCGGCCCGCCAAACUGUAAGAAGUUCUAUCAUAAUUCUCAUGAAAAUCUUCUUUUCUGGUGUAUUGACCUUUGUUUAAGUGCAGAACAUUAUUCUGUUUUCGUGUAGUGUUGUUGUCUUUUUUUUAAAGUUCUUUCCGACUCGAUACCCAUUUUUCCAAUUAUUCCAACACCACACGAACGCAGCAUUUCUCUACAUUUUUGUUUUUCCUGAUGUUUGGGUCUACAUUCCCCGGUGUUUCUCUAUCUCUUAUGAGGUGGAUUACCAAAACACUCCACUGGUCCGGUCCCGGUCCGGCCCUUCUGUUAGAGUUUAGAACCCUUUGUAGCCCCCCAGUCAGAACGUUUGCCCACCCCGGGUCAAUGCCAAGGAACAAGUCCCUGAAGGAGUCUCAAGUCAGGUUUCGCCACGAGCUCGUCCACUUCCACUGAAGUCCACUGAGGUCGACACACUUCAGGCUAAGAUUUGUCUGACUCCGCCCAUGGCCACUGUAGCCAUAGCAACAAAAUCAUUAAUGAUCCUUGAAAACAGCAGAUUUCCAAACUUGGGAACCGAUAAAUGAAACCCUGUGUGUGAAAUUAUUGUUGUGAUGUUUCAACUCAGAGAAACUUUUGUGGCCUUUGCCUUUUUGUUCUGUCAUCCUGUCAUCCUCACUUUUCCUCCGGACUCCUGAUGUUUCCUCUCAUCCCGUCUGUCUCUCCUGGUGCUGAUCCGACACGAAACCUGCUGGAUUUGGGUCGAUCUGCACCUCCACUGUUCUUGGGACUCUUCAGGGACCGUAAAACAAUAAAGACAAUAAAGGCUCUCAGCUGCUGGACAGGAAACAGAAGACAUCGCAUCACACCACGUUGCCAUGGGAACCGGAGAUGUAUCAGGUCCAUCAAUCAGAGGAAAUGCUGCUUCUUUAUUUUAAUCAUCACAGAAAUGAAAACACUUCUUUGUCAAAAUGAGAAUCAAACUGAACGUUUGCUUCAGCAGAAGUUCAUCUGAGGCCGUUCCAGGUUCUGUAUUGAACACGUGAAUCUGAAAAACUGGACAGUCUGGAACCAGAAAGCCCACAGUGACAAACCUCUGAAGCCUCAUUGAUCCCUGAUCCAUCAGACUGCUGUGUCUCUGAAUUACAGAAAAUCCAUUUCAGCUUCGUCUCUGACCUCCACCGGAUUCUCCUCUUUUUUCUUCCUCGGCGUUCUGGAAAUCAUGAGGAUUAAAUCUCACUUCUAGUGAAAUUUCAUCUGUUUUCUGCAGAAAAGUGAAACUUCUAAAGAGGAGGACCUUCAUCCGCCUGACCUUCAGGCCUUCAUGGAUUCACACCAACCAUUUUCGCCUCUCCCCCCCACGUGCUGUGUGCUGCAACUUGAUGGACGUCCAUCAGUCAGAGGUGGACCUGACAGAACCGGUACCGGCCUUUGGUGAAGCUGGAACUGCGGCAUCCGGCUGUCAGGUAACACGUCACGAUGACGCCCUCUCUCUAGCUCCUCCCCUAAACUUUGGCCUCAUAAGGACGGAGGCGGUGAGCAGACGGAGGCUCACUCUGCUCUGACGGAGAAGACCCUCAGAGAUCCCCAGCCAUGCUCAGCAAGAAGCCAAACGGAGCCGAAGGAUCCUCGGAUGCUGGGAACUCUGAGAAGCCGCUGCACAGCAAGGAAACUCUGAGAGGGGCCGACGAGAACCGUGGAGGUCUGGGAAAGCCGGCCUGCUCCAGGAAGAGAACUGCCACCAUCAUAUUCACCCUGAAAAAUGAGGUGGGGGGUCUGAUCAAGGCCCUGAAACUCUUCCAGGAAAAACACGUCCACCUGGUCCAUAUCGAGUCCCGGAAGUCCAGACGCAGAGACUCGGACUUUGAGGUCUUCGUGGACUGUGACAGCGAGCACGAGCAGAUGAAGGAGCUGACUCAGCUGCUGAGCACGCAUGCUCAGAUCGUGGAGAUCACGCCGUUUGGGGGCUGCUCUCCCCUGGCUGAAGACGACAGGGCUGACGCUCCGGAGGCGGACGGCGUCCCCUGGUUUCCCAAGAAGAUUUCCGAUCUGGACCAGUGUGCAAACCGGGUUCUGAUGUACGGCUCUGACUUAGACGCUGAUCAUCCGGGAUUUAAAGACAGCGUUUACCGCAAAAGAAGACAAUACUUUGCUGAUGUGGCCAUGACCUUCAAACAUGGAAAUCCGAUUCCUAAAAUCCACUACACUGCAGAGGAGGUGUGUACCUGGGGCGUGGUCUUCAGGGAGCUACACAAGCUGUAUCCCAGCCAUGCCUGCAAGGAGUACCUGAAGAACCUCCCUCUGCUGACCAGGGACUGCUGCUACAGUGAAGACAACAUCCCUCAGCUGGAGGACGUCUCAAAGUUCCUGAAGGGGCAGUCAGGGUUCACCAUCCGGCCGGUUGCGGGGUACCUGUCCCCCCGGGACUUCCUGGCCGGUCUGGCCUUCAGAGUGUUUCACUGCACCCAGUACGUCCGCCACAGCUCAGAGCCUUUGUACACACCUGAACCGGACACGUGCCACGAGCUGCUGGGUCACGUUCCUCUGCUGGCGGAGCCCAGCUUCGCUCAGUUCUCUCAGGAGAUCGGUCUGGCAUCUCUCGGUGCCUCGGAUGAUGCCGUUAAAAAGCUGGCCACGUGUUAUUUCUUCACCGUGGAGUUCGGCCUUUGUAAGCAGGAUGGCAAGCUGCGAGCCUACGGAGCCGGACUGCUGUCCUCUGCCAGUGAGCUCAAGCAUUCACUGUCAGGCAAAGCCAACAUCCUCCCCUUUGACCCCAUCCUCACAUGCAACCAGGAGUGCAUGAUCACCACUUUUCAAGAGGCUUACUUUGUCGCUGAAAGUUUUGAGGAAGCCAAGAACAAAAUGAGGGAGUUUGCAAAGACACUUCAUCGUCCUUUUACGGUGCAUUACAACCCUUACACUCAGAGUGUGGACGUUCUGACAAACACCCACAACAUCAACAGCAUGGUCAAGGACAUCCGGCACGAGCUGGACAUCGUAGAAGAAGCUCUGAACCAACUCGGCAAACCCCUGAGAAAAUGAGGACCGUCUGUGGCUCCAUCCUGAAAGGAUUCACUCACACACUAAUGUUCUUCUUGCUUUGAAUAAAGGCUUAAACCCACCGGCCAUUGAAAAUUGGGUGGAGUUUGAUACUGUAGCUUCAGGAUCAACAUGUGUUCUUUUUGAAAUGUUGAUAUUAGGUUUAUAUAUUUAAAACAAUGGGGUCAAGUUUUGGUAAAAAUGUUUGCUUUUCAGAUCUAAACACCAAGAGCUAAAAGUGUUUUAUGAAAACAAUUCAAUUUUAAAGAUUUCAUAUCAUUUUUUGCCUUUUGGCUCCUCCCUUCAGCAAAUCCUCCACAUCAAUCUUUGCCCUCCACAUCCUCCUGGCGCCCACCAUCCAUCCUCAUGUCCUCCUUAACUCCAUCCAUGAACCUCCUCUUUGGUCUUCCUCUAGACCGCUUUUCCUGGUAGCUCCAGCCUCAGCAUCCUUUCACCAACUAAAGUCCUCCUCACUUUCACAGGGACGUUGUGAGAACCAACUGACUUUCCACUCUUCCUCCUCUUCAUCAUCCUUACUGAUCUUUGCUUUUUCCUCCUCUUCUUUUAUUCUGCUCUCCAACAUCUCCUCAUUCACCCGCUCUUCAAAGUUCUCCUCUGUUCUGUCCAUCCCUCUUGUGAAACCUGUCAACGAGUUUCAACUCCUCCCUCAAAGCCACGCAGCACUUCCUUCUUCAACUUCCACCUCUUGCUCCUCUUCAUCUUCUUUACCAACAGGGUCAUCCUCACACCACCAUCUUAAGCUUUCUUCCCAUAUAUUUCUCAACCACAUCUUUGCCAUUUCUGAUCUACUUUACUUCCCAGUGUCUUCUUAUAUGUGCUCUCCUCCCUCCACUUCAACAUGACUCCCUGUCCUCCUGUCUUCUCUGGAAAACUGUCUUCACCACUGCCAUCCCCGUUCUUUUAGCAAACUCCCCCGCCAUGUCUGCAUUCCUGUCCUGAUCACCAAACUUCUCCAUCAUCAUCACCUCCUCAUCUCCUCUGUUUCCUUCACCCACAUGUCUGUCCCACUCACCACUCUCUCCCCCGGAUCUCCCUCCAGAACGUCUCCUACAGCUCACAUCCCAUCUGGGGGACACAUCUCUGACACCAUUCCUCAUCACACCUCCAACCUCCAGCUUCAGACUCCUCAUCCUGCUUGACUCUCCUAACCUCCAGAACAUUCUUAAUGAACUCCUCCUUCAGGAUCUUUGUUCCUCCGUUCCUCUUUCCAUCCACACAUGAAGCUGCUAGAAGCCUGGCUCCCUUUCCAUCUGGCGUCUGCUAGUAGUUGUUUUGUUAUUUGUGAUUUGACUUUAAAUUCAUCUGGUUUUUAUCAUGUUUCUCAUCAUAAUCCAUGUUUUAAGGGUGUACUAUUGUUAUUGUUGGUGGUAUCAAGGAGUUAUGGUAAUUGUUUAAUUUCAUUUCUUCACCUGAAUUAAGAAACUUUAUCCUGGAUUAAAAAAAAAACAUUAAAAUCAAAUACUGCAGUUCCUCAAAAAACCACUAAACCCUGGUUAAAACAUAACAGAACAAUUUCCAACAGACGCCUGUGUUACAAGUCCAGCUUUAAACUAAAAAUAAAUGUAUAUGUAACCAAA